AUGGGCUGCUACUGGAAUCGCAGUCGCAAUCACCCCUCUGAACCGUGCCCGCAUCCACACCGGAACCCACAUUCGACUUCGAACGCUCAAGUUCCACCAUCAUAUUAUACUCACGUCUCUCGCCGCAGAGGACCUGCACGUAUGUUCUGGUUCGUCGUCGGCGCGAUCACCGCUAUCGAAGUUAUGGGAUGUUUCGACAGGGUCAAGGAUGGGGCGGCGGAGAGAUUGAAGUAUCAUCAUGCUCGUUGGCAUGAGAAACAUGGAUACAACUGGGGACAUGGGGACUGGGGGAAGCAUUGGGGCAGGGAUUGGCAGGACUGGGGCUCGCAUGGGGAUGGAAGUGGACAUGAGUCGUGGGGGUAUAGGUCGAGGAAGUCGUGUAUGUUGUCUGGGAAAGGGACCGUACCAGAGGAUAGAAGGAUACAAUCGUCUACGAUGGAGAUGGAGAGUUUGAGUGAGACGGCGACUGAGGUGGGUGGCGAGGGGGUUGAGAAGAAUGGUGUGGCGAAGCCUGGUCAUGAUCCCUUGACCGAUAAAUUUUGCGAGCUUUCAGAAGCCACAGUCGACGCUUUGAUCAUUAGCCUUCAGCGACUGAAGACAGCAAGUCUCUCCAUUUUCACCCUUCCUCUCCGCCGAUUCUAA